UGUACCAGCGCUGUCAUUUUGGAAAUCGUGAUUUCUGCGUUCGUCCUUCGUUCAUAUAUUUUAUACCCCUAGUUUAUAGUUUUUGUGUGUCCUUAGAUAAGGAGAAAUUGCACAACAAUGGAGAUUGGAACGGAGAUAAGUCACAAAAUACGGUCUGCUAUAAAGGCCAAGCUGGUGGACCUGGGGGCCUAUGUGGAUGAUGAACUGCCAGACUAUAUCAUGGUUAUGGUGGCUAAUAAGAAAACCAAAGAACAGAUGGCAGAUGAUCUCAGUUUAUUUUUGGGAAACAACACGGAAAAAUUUACAUCAUGGCUUCACAGUUUACUGACCAAAUUGAAGGCCAUCACCAGUGGAAACUCUGCAGACACCAGAAUGGAAGAUUUGAUAAAAGAUGAGCAACCCAAAGCCGAUCCAGUAAUUGUACAUGAAGAUGCUAUCCAAGACAGAGCAAAAUCACAGACAGGAGUCAGCCAGACCAAGAAAACAACAGAAAUCAAUGAUGCUUUGAAAGAAAAGGGAAAACAAAAGAAAGAGAAAAGUGUCACAUCCAACAAAUCUGCAGCUCCUAAAGAUCAAAAGCUGGAAGAGCCUGCAACUGAUAUAGUAGAGGUCACAAUAAAAGAUGAUGAAUUUCGGGAAGAAGAACCCAAAGACAGUUUGCAUAAAUCAACUCAAGAUAAAAAACAGACCAAAGUGUCAUCAAAAGUUUUGCCUACUGUUCAGAAGGCAGCCCCAGUGAGGUCUGUUACCUCUGUGGCACCAGCUAAAGUAUCUGCCAAAGCUGGAGCAUCCAGCAGAUACACUCCAAAAACAUCAAAGGUCCGCCCUGUUGUUCAUGCUCAGAGGCGUUCAGUGGUAGGAACAGUGGUGCAUCACAGUGAGGAGGAGGAGGACGAGGAGGAGUAUGAUCCUCACAACCCAGCAGUGGGCAGUGUGGCCAGUGUCAUCAGGGUCACUGAGAGAAAGUAAGAGCUAAUAU